GUAACAUCGAAUCUUGCUGUAUAUCAUAUGUCCUCUCCGUUCGAGCAAAGUGCUUUCCAGUCUAGCCCCGCGAUCGAGGAGAUGCUCGGUUUCCCAGGCUCUGGGGACGGAUCAGACCCAGCCAAAUGUCCUCACAUCAUGUCGGCAUUAUCAGACGAGGGAGAGAGGGGUAUGUUGGUGAAGAAGUACAAGGCCGCGGUUGCGUGGAGUGCAAGGAGAUCUCACGACGCGGUGCAUUCGGCGAAGAGGAGGAAGCUGUCAAGCCCAGAGUGCGGAACCUGUGGCAUAGUAAUGCACAGACCUUUCGUUUGCCUUUCAUGUGGAUAUGCUGGGUGUUGGAACGGAGAGCAUGCAACCGAACAUCUCGCCGACGAGGGCCACCCAUUCUGUGUGGAUGUGAAACUCGGCUCCGUAUUCUGCUCCGAGUGUGACGACUUUGUCUACGACGGGACUUUCGACGGAAUCUUCCACACCACAGUGCUGGACGUUGAAGAGAAGACGACCAAGUUCCAAGUUGCAAAACGGAGACGUGAAGCAUACCACUCAUGGACUCCAUCUUCGAUCGAUACUGCCGCUCUCGAAGAGACGGCCAAUUUACCAUGUCAAGGUCGUAGGGGAUUGCUCAACCUGGGUCAAACAUGUUUCCUGAAUGUGAUACUUCAGUCUAUCGCCCACAACCCUCUUCUGCGGAACUACUUCCUCAGCGACAAGCACAACUCCAAACUAUGCAAAGCUAAGAAUUGCACAUGUUGUGAGAUGGACAACCUAUUCACUGAAAUCUAUACCCCUUCCGCUACACCUUAUGGCCCGGCAUCCCUCCUCAGUACAACUUGGCGCGUCUCCGCUGACAUUUCCGGGUACGCCCAACAAGACGCCCAUGAAUGCUUCAUCGCCCUCCUCACCGCCAUACACGAGACUUCCCGCGGACGGACAAACGUCUCAUGCAACUGCGUCGUUCACAAUACCUUCGCAGGCCAGCUGCAAAGUGACGUUAAGUGCGAGAGAUGCGGGAACGUGACUUCCACAUUAGACCCGUGUUUGGAUGUGAAUUUGACCUUAGAGGGUGGGAAGCCGAAUACUUUGGAUGGGUGUUUGAAGAGAUUUACGACACCGGAGAGACUGGGAUCGAAGGAAUAUACCUGUCAGAAGUGCACGGGGAAGCAAACAAACGGAGAAGCAAGCAAACGUCUAUCCAUCAAGAAACUUCCUCCCGUCUUGUCUUUCCAAUUCAAGCGCUUCGAACACAAGUCCCAGGAUCGCCUCUCAGCGCAGAAGAUCGAUGCUCCUGUUCGCGUCCCAGCAUCCAUCAACAUGGCACCAUACACUACACUGGCUCUGUCUUCGGCUGCGUCUCCCGUCAAUGGUGCGGCCAACGGGGCGGGUAAAGUCAAGGUGAAGAUUCAGCCGGAAGACGUGCUGAGCCAAUUUUCGUACCCUGGACCAGAGGCUAUGUACGAGUACGACCUUUUUGCAGUGAUCAACCACGAAGGGCAGAUCGACAACGGACAUUAUACCAAUUUUGCACGGUUCCGUGACGAGUGGUAUCGCUUCGACGAUGACAAAGUGUACCCUUCCACACUUCCCAACGUACUUAAUCCGCCCGCACCUGUAUACAUGGCCUUCUAUGUCAAACGCAGGCUGGAUUACAAGCCCGACAUGACGCCAACCUAUAUUCUUGCUCGUGAGACCGAGGCUCAGAAAGAGAGGGAGCGGGAGAAGCUGGAGAAGGAGCGAAAGGACAGGGGAGCGAUUGCUGGUCCGAGUGCGCUUGGGGGUAAUAAUGGAAUCACAGGCGGAGGCCAUGCGGAGAAGGGAUUGGUAGGAAGAGUUGGGGGUAAUGGCGGGGCACAGAAAGGGACGAAGGGGGUGAAGGGGUUAGGUGAGGUGGGCGGCGGUGGUGGUGGCGACGAGAGCGCACAGAGAGAGCGUGAAGAGAGGGAGCGUGAAGAGCGCGAGCGUGAGGAGAGGGAAAGGGAGAGGGAGGAGAGGGAAAGAGAAGAGAGGGAAGAAAGGGAAAGAGAAGAGAGGGAGCAGGAAGAGAGGGAGAGAGAAGAGAGAGAGAAGGAGGUAGAAGAUGAGCUUUUGGGUAUGUUGUAG